GAAGUCUUGAAGUCAUGCAGUGGAAAGUUCCAUCCGAUACAACAGUUCAUGUAUUUUGACUCUUUGGAAUCUUUACCAAAAAGCGUCGAACUCACCGAGGAGUCUUGUCGUCCCAUUGGCAGUCGUUAUGACGGUCAAAUUGCUGUCUUUGGCAAAGACUUCCAAAACAAAAUCGCUGAUUUCCGCGAGUUUUUGGUUGGUGCUGGUGCAAUUGGCUGUGAGAUGUUGAAGAAUUGGGCCAUGAUGGGUUUGGGUACUGGGCCUCGUGGUGAAAUCCAUAUUACGGAUAUGGACACUAUUGAGAAGAGCAACUUGAAUAGACAAUUUUUAUUCCGUCCCGCUGACGUUGGCAAAUUGAAAUCCGAGACAGCAACAGCAGCGAUUGAAAGAAUGAAUUCAGGGAUGAAAGGAAAAGUCAUUGCACAUCAGGAUCGAGUAGGAGUAGAAACUGAGAACGUUUAUGGCGAUGCUUUCUUUGAAAGCCUUGACGGUGUUACUAAUGCCUUGGACAAUGUUGACGCCCGAAAGUAUAUGGAUCGCCGUUGUGUGUACUUCCGAAAGCCUCUGCUCGAAUCCGGAACACUUGGCACGAAAGGCAACACUCAAGUAGUCAUUCCAUAUUUAACAGAAUCAUACUCUUCUUCCCAGGAUCCACCAGAAAAAUCCUACCCGAGCUGCACUCUCAGGAACUUCCCCAAUGCUAUCGAGCACACCAUUCAAUGGGCUCGAGAUUUGUUUGAAGGACUCUUCCGCAUACCGGCUGAAAAUGUUAACACGUAUUUGCGCGAACCUAAAUUCGUUGAACAAUCGCUGAGCCAGGGAACGAGGGCUAAGGAAAUUUUGGAGGGAGUGCGGAGUUAUCUGGUUACAGCUAGACCAUUGAGUUUUGACGAAUGUAUUACUUGGGCGCGCUUCAAGUUUGAGGAAUAUUAUAAUAAUAAUAUUCAACAGCUUUUGUUCAAUUUCCCAAAGGAUUCAUUGACAUCCUCCGGCACUUUGUUCUGGUCCGGUCCAAAAAGAGCACCCGAUCCCCUAGUAUUCGAUUGUAAUAAUGAUGCACAUUUGGACUUUAUUAUUACUGCGGCCAACCUUCACGCGUUUAACUAUGGUCUUAAGGGUGAAAUUGACAGAGAAUACUUUAGAUCAGUUUUGAGUAUGAUAGAAGUACCCGAAUUCAAACCCAAAUCCGGUGUGAAAAUCCAAGUACAGGAGAACGAGGCUAUUGCGCCACUGGCAGCUGAUGAGAAAGAACUUCAAGAAAUAAUUAACGAUCUUCCCACACCCUCAUCUCUUGCCGGUUUCCGAUUAAAUCCGGUUGAUUUUGAAAAAGAUGAUGACACAAACUUCCAUAUUGAUUUUAUUGCUGCCGCGUCCAACUUGCGAGCAAUGAAUUAUGGUAUUACACCGGCAGACCGUCACAAGACCAAGUUUAUUGCCGGAAAGAUUAUACCGGCCAUCGCAACAACUACAUCUUUGGUGACAGGGUUGGUUUGUUUGGAGUUGUAUAAGAUUAUUGACGGAAAGCAGAAGUUGGAGGACUAUAAGAACGGUUUUGUCAAUUUAGCACUGCCAUUCUUUGGCUUUUCAGAGCCGGUUUCUAUGCAGAAAUUCAAGUACCACGAAGUUGAAUGGAGCUUGUGGGAUCGAUUCGACGUUGAAGGUGAUCUUACACUGCAAGAAUUUCUGGAUUACUUCAAGAACGUGCAUGAAUUGGAAGUGACAAUGUUGUCAGCCGACGUUAGCAUGUUGUAUUCCUUCUUCAUGCCAAAGAAGAAGGUAGAAGAACGAAAGACCAUGAGAAUGUCUCAAUUGGUUGAGCAAAUAACAAAGAAACCUAUUCCUCCGCAUGUACGGGCUUUAACAUUGGAAAUGUGUGUAAAUGAUCGCAGCGGCGAGGACAUUGAGGUCCCUUAUGUUAGACUCGUUAUUAGAAAGUAG